CCCUCCCGCCCUCCCUCCCUCCACACACACACUCUCACUCGGGUGGGAGAAAGUGAAGCGGGAAAGUGAAGGAAGGGUGUGAGAAAGCGCAAGCUUCCAGGUGUCUGUGACCCGCGCUUCGGCGGACUCCAUGGAGCUUUAAGGGCUGCCCCUCAAAGCCUUCUCUGCCCCCCCUGCCGUCUCUUUGGUGGCUCUGUCCUUCCUUCCUUUUUUUCUUUUUUUUUGUCUUGUCACCUCGCAGGAGGUUCAGUCGGCUGCCUCUCGUCGGCUGGCUUUCUGGAAGAGGACACCCUCGCAUCCAGCAGCAGCCGCCGCUCCACGCUCACUAUGGAUAUUGCAAAUUGCCCCUUCCGGAAGAAACGGAGGCCGUGGAGCCCGGACCUGACCUCCGUGGCCCUUGUGGCCCUGGUGCUCGCGCUAUGCCAGAGCACCCUGGCGCAGGCAGAACCCGUGGACGUACUGAAGGCCAUGCAGGUUACCACCCUCCCUGAGGGCGUGAAGAAAGUCCCGGGCUUCUGCACGUCCCGCCGCUCCAGCAGCCCCGACCACGCCUACCGCAUCAGCAAGAAGGCCCAGAUCUCAGCCCCCACUAAGCAGCUCUUCUCAGGUCGCUUCCCGGAGAACUUCUCCAUUAUGGCGCUGGUGAAGGCCCACGCCGGUCUCCAGGCUUUCCUGCUCUCAGUCUACAGCGAGCAGGGCGUUCAGCAGCUGGGCGUUGAGCUCGGCCGCUCGCCCGUCUUCCUGUACGAGGAUCAGCACGGCAAGCCGGCCCCCGAGGACUACCCGCUCUUCAAGGGCGUCAACCUGGCUGACGGCAAGUGGCACCGCAUUGCAAUCUCCGUGUCCAAGAAGAACGUGACACUGAUGCUGGACUGCAAGAAGAAGAUGACCCGAGCUUUGCCUCGUAGCAACAACGCCGAGGUGGACACCAACGGCAUCACCGUUUUCGGAGCCCGCCUGCUCGACGAGGAAGUGUUCCAGGGAGACAUCCAGCAGCUUCUGAUCGCCCCCAACGCUCAGGCCGCUUAUGACUUCUGUGAGCACUACAGCCCCGACUGCGACUCCCCCCUGCCUAAGACGCAGGCGCAAGACCCCAACACAUAUAAGAAGGCCACGCCCACCAAAACCGCCGCCAAAGCCAAGCCCACCCCAGCUAAGCCCGCUAAGGGUGGAAGCUUCAAAAUAGUCAAGCCACCCCAUCCCAAUAAAGCUCCUAAAUCUUCCACGGCCAAGCCGACUAAAUCCAAGCCCACCGCCAAACCCACCGCCAAGGCGACCGCCAAGCCCAGCACCACCGCUGUCUUCUUGUCCAAGAUCAAGACCACGUCAGCUGCUCAGGUGAAGACCACGAGCGCCCCGGCGAAGAGCGCCAAAGUGGUUGUUGAGAAGAAGACCAACGGAAAAGCCCUCGUGGGGAAAACCGCGCAAACUUCGGCCGAGGUCAAAGGGAACGGAAAGGUGGUUGUCGAGAAGAAGGUUGGAGGAAAGUCCUCCGCCGAGAAGAAAGCCGCGUCCAAGGCCGUCGAGGUGAAAGAAGUCAAGGUCAAAGUGAACGGAAAAACCGAGAGCAAAGUUAGCGGCGAGGCUAAAGCUACGAGCAGCGGCAAAGUUACUGUGGUAGAAAAAAAAGGGGGCAAAACUGAAACCACUACAAAAACAAAAACUGUUGUCAAAAUAGAGAAGACGACUGUGAGUGCGGCAACGUCCGCAUCCAAAGUAGAAGCUACCAAAACGCCAAAGGCCACAAAAGCAGCCAAGGCGGAGCCGACAAAGGCAUCGAAAACCUCUCAAGUCAAGUCCGAAGUCAAAGUGAAAACGGUGAUCUCCAAAAUCCCCGUGGUCAAACCCACCGUCAGCAAAUCGAUGAAUGCGGUAGUGGAGAAGUCAUCCGUCGUGAAGAAGGUCCUGACCACCGCCGCUCCUGUCCGACCCACUCCCCCGAGACCCACCAAGUCCAAGGCGGUGCUGGACAUGAACAUCAAGUCUCUCCACAAACCUUUCCCGCCUUUUGACAAGACGGCGUUGAGUGGCACCGGAGUUCCGGUCAAGAAAUAUGAGACCGGUUACCAACAGGAUGUAGACACUGAAUAUACCGAGGCUGACAACACCCCCACAGAGACCGAUUAUUUCUAUGAGGAGACGCUGCCAGAGCCCGAGGGUGAGGCGGUCACACAGGAAGAGAACCCCACGCAGCAGUCGCAGGUGGAGGAGACGGCUCUGGCGGGGGAGGAGGAGACGGCUCUGGCGGGGGAGGAGGUGGACUCCAUGGCUUUCAACGGCGUCGAAGAGGACCGCUUCACCGAGGAGUAUGUGACUGGCGACGUGGGCCAGAAGGAAUACGACUAUUCCUAUCGGGAGUACGGCGAGCCCAGGCCCGAGACCCGAGAGGUGGAAGGCCACUUUGGCCACGCCCUGUCCGCUGUGACAGACGAGGCAGGCGCGGCCAUCAGAGGACAGAAGGGUGAGAAAGGAGAGCCCGCCGUGCUCGAACCUGGCAUGCUGAUCGAGGGACCACCUGGAUCUGAAGGCCCUGCUGGACCUACCGGUCCCCCUGGUAGCUCCGGUCCUCCUGGCUCUGUCGGCGAUCCCGGUGAGAGGGGACCUCCCGGUAAGGGCGGUCUGCCCGGUGCCGACGGUGUUCCCGGACCACCCGGAUCCUCCGUUAUGCUGCCUUUCCGCUUCGGCCAGAGUGGAGGAGAUAAGGGUCCCGCCGUGUCUGCUCAGGAAGCCCAAGCUGCCGCCAUUUUGUCUCAGGCCAGGAUGGCUCUGAAAGGACCUCCUGGACCAAUGGGAUUCACCGGACGUCCCGGACCCCUGGGAAAUCCAGGAAGUCACGGUCUAAAAGGAGAAAGUGGAGAUCCUGGUCCUCAGGGACCCAGGGGAACUCAAGGUUUGAUGGGACCACCAGGCAAAGCUGGAAGGAGAGGCCGCGCUGGAGCUGAUGGAGCCCGGGGAAUGCCCGGAGAGACAGGCACUAAGGGUGACCGCGGAUUUGAUGGUCUUCCCGGUUUGCCAGGCGACAAAGGACACAGGGGCGAUACUGGAUCACUGGGACCCCUAGGACCUCAAGGAGAGGACGGCGAAAGGGGCGACGACGGUGAGGUCGGACCCAGAGGUGUCCCCGGCGAAGCUGGACCUCGUGGCUUGCUCGGCCCUAAAGGUCCUCCAGGAAUUCCCGGCCCUCCUGGCGUUCGAGGAAAUGAUGGGCCCGUUGGUCCUAAGGGCAACCUGGGUCCUCAAGGAGAGCCCGGACCUCCAGGUCAGCAGGGGACAUCAGGAACUCAGGGAAUGCCAGGACCUCAGGGACCCAAUGGACCUCCAGGAGAGAAGGGGCCCACGGGAAAACCAGGUCUGCCAGGAAUGCCAGGCGCCGACGGCCCUCCUGGUCACCCAGGAAAAGAGGGACCCACUGGCACCAAAGGAAACCAGGGCCCCAACGGCCCUCAAGGAGCUAUCGGUUAUCCUGGCCCUCGUGGUAUCAAGGGCGAGCAAGGAAUCCGAGGACUGAAGGGUCACAAGGGAGAGAAGGGAGAAGACGGCUUCCCCGGAAUCAAGGGAGACUUUGGUGUCAAAGGAGAGAGGGGUGAGAUCGGCGUGUCAGGCCCCAGAGGAGAAGACGGUCCUGAGGGGCCAAAGGGACGAGUCGGACCCCCCGGUGAGCUCGGUCCCCUCGGUCCUAUCGGAGAGAAGGGAAAACUUGGCGUUCCCGGACUUCCCGGCUACCCCGGAAGACAAGGACCCAAGGGAUCUCUAGGAUCUCCAGGAUUCCCUGGCUCAAAUGGCGAGAAAGGAACAAGGGGUCUGGCAGGAAAAGCAGGCCCAAGAGGACAAAGAGGACCAACAGGUCCCAGAGGACAGCGAGGACCACGAGGCGCCACUGGAAAGCCAGGCGCUAAGGGAACUUCAGGAAGUGACGGCCCCCCUGGUCCACUUGGAGAGAGGGGACUGCCCGGACCUCAAGGAGCCAACGGAUUCCCCGGACCAAAGGGACCUCCUGGACCACCAGGAAAGGAUGGACUGCCCGGACACCCCGGACAGAGAGGCGAAGUUGGUUUCCAAGGAAAGAUGGGUCCACCAGGACCUCCUGGAGUCGUGGGACCUCAGGGUCCAUCUGGAGAGACCGGCCCCUUGGGCGAGCGUGGCCAUCCCGGACCCCCGGGUCCACCUGGAGAGCAGGGACUUUCUGGCCCAUCAGGCAAGGAAGGCACAAAGGGAGACCCGGGCCCCCCAGGAGGUCCAGGUAAAGAUGGACCCCCUGGACUGAGAGGCUUCCCUGGAGAGAGAGGACUGCCUGGUACCCCCGGCGGUGGAGGACUGAAGGGAAGCGAAGGACCUGCUGGACCUCCUGGACCUGCUGGAUCUCCUGGAGAGAGAGGGCCCGCUGGCACUGCCGGACCUGUCGGACCCCCUGGUAGACCAGGCCCACAAGGACCCCCUGGCAACGCUGGAGAGAAAGGUGUUCCUGGUGAGAAAGGCCCAAUCGGCCCUGCCGGUCGGGAUGGAGUUCAAGGUCCAGUGGGUCUUCCGGGCCCUGCUGGAUCCCCAGGAGGACCUGGAGAGGAUGGCGACAAGGGUGAGGUGGGCGAGCCUGGUCAGAAGGGAGCCAAGGGUGGCAAAGGAGAGCAUGGACCUCCUGGUCCACCCGGGCCCAUGGGUCCCGUCGGCCAACCUGGUCCAGCCGGUGCUGAUGGAGAGCUCGGUCCAAGGGGACAACAGGGGCCUUUUGGUGCCAAAGGAGAUGAAGGAUCCCGAGGAUUCCCCGGUGCACCCGGACCCAUCGGACUGCAGGGACUGCCAGGACCACCAGGCGAGAAGGGAGAGAACGGAGACGUUGGACCUCUGGGACCUCCUGGCCCACCAGGACCUCGCGGCCCUGCUGGACCCAACGGUGCUGAUGGCCCUCAAGGUCCUCCUGGAGGUUUGGGUAAUCCUGGACCUAGUGGAGAGAAGGGAGAGCCUGGAGAGGCUGGGCCACCUGGAAUCGGAGGAGAACCAGGAAAGAAGGGUCCUCGAGGCGAGCGCGGAGAGAAGGGAGAGGCCGGACAACCUGGAACGGCUGGCGCCGCUGGAGGACGAGGAAGGCCUGGAGAUGAUGGACCUAAAGGAAACCCUGGCCCAGUUGGCUUCCCCGGUGAUCCUGGUCCCCCCGGUGAGGUCGGACCCAGAGGUCAAGAUGGUGCCAAAGGAGAGCAAGGAGAAAAUGGCGAACAGGGAGAAUCUGGCUCGCCCGGUCCACCCGGAGAGAACGGACCUCCUGGCCCACCAGGAAAGAGAGGUCCUGCUGGAACAAGAGGACCUGAGGGACGGCAAGGAGAGAAGGGAACCAAGGGCGAAACGGGUGCCCUCGGCCCACCAGGAAAGACAGGUCCCGUCGGUCCUCAAGGCCAACCAGGAAAACCAGGAACUGAGGGUCUGCGAGGUCUUCCCGGAUCAGUGGGUGAGCAAGGAUCUCCUGGCCCUGCAGGACCAAAGGGACCACCCGGACCUGUUGGACCUCCGGGUUUGCUUGGUCUGCGUGGAGACCCCGGUGCUAAAGGAGAGAAGGGACAUCCAGGUCUUAUUGGACUUAUCGGACCUCCGGGAGAACAGGGAGAGAAGGGAGACCGAGGUCUACCCGGACCUCAUGGAACUGGCGGACCCAAGGGAGAAACUGGAAUGCCUGGAGGCACCGGACCUCUCGGCCCUGCUGGUCCUCCUGGUCCUCCUGGUCCUCAAGGAGUCAAAGGAGCUAAGGGUGCCUCUGGAGGAUCUGGUCCCAAAGGAGAAAAGGGUGUUCCAGGAGUUCCAGGACUUCCUGGCCCACCUGGUGAGGUCAUCCAGCCGCUCCCCAUCCAGAGGAGUCCCAAGUCCAAGCGCUCCAUCGACGCCAGCCAAAUGGUCCCCGACCUGGAGAUGCCCGCCUCCGACACCGCCGGCGCCGAGUUCUUGAUGCCCAGCGAGGGCAUGGAAGAGAUCUUCGGUUCCCUCAACUCACUACGACAGGAGAUCGAGACCAUGCGCUUCCCGAUGGGAACGCAGGACAGUCCCGCAAGAACCUGCCAGGAUCUCCGCCUCAGCCAGCCUGAGCUCCAAGACGGAGAGUACUGGAUUGACCCCAACCAGGGCUGCUCCAGAGAUUCCUUCAAGAUCUUCUGUAACUUCACCAGCGGUGAGACGUGCCUGUAUCCUAACAAGAACAUCAACAUGGUGAAGAUGGACUCGUGGGAAAAAGAGACUCCAGGUUCCUGGUACAGUGAGUUUGCCACCGGCGGAAAGUUCUCCUACGUGGACUCUGACGGCGAGCCAGUGGGCGUGGUCCAGUUGGGAUUCCUGCGCCUCCUGAGCGUGGUCGCCCGCCAAAACCUGACCUACCACUGCCACCGCUCGGUGGCCUGGGCCGACCAGAGCGCCAAGGACAACCACGAUAGGGCGCUGCACUUCCAGGCCGCUAACGAAGAGGAGCUGAGCUACGAGACCAACCCGUACAUCAAAGCGCUGGUGGACGGAUGUUCUUAUCGCAAAGGCUUCGACAGGACGGUGCUGGAGAUCAACACGCCACAGGUGGAACAUCUUCCUCUGCUGGACAUCAAAGUGUCGGACUUUGGGGAGAGUAACCAACAGUUUGGAUUUGAAGUGGGACCUGUGUGCUUCCAAGGCUAACUCACAUACAUGCAUGCACAUACACACACACGCACUUAGAGACACCUACAUACAAGCCAUUCAUGCUCAAAAAUUUGUAAAUUAACUUGUAAAUGAUAUGUAACACACACACGUAAACACACAUACACACUUACACACAAACACACACAGGGAUGGUGUUGCCCCAGCAACGCAGCAUCCUCCCGACAACUAAUGGACGUAAAAUAAAUAACUAAAAAAAAAAAAGUUCUGAAGAGGUCUCGGAGGGAAGGAUCAUCGAGAGGGAGCGUUUUCUUCCCGGUGACGCAGCAUCAAAAAGGGGGGCCCGGCCCAAAAAAGCCCCCCCCUCCAGGCCGCCCUCCCUCCGCCCGCCCACCUGCCAUCCGCCCCUCCACUCCUCCGUCACACCGCCUUCUCUGCACCCCCGAUGUCUCUCACCUCUUCCACGUGUUAAAGAACCACAGAAUUCCUUUAAAAAAAAAAAAAAAAACUCCAACUUGUUAGCGUGAUUGCAUCUUGGGGGGGUUUCCUUCUACCAACUAAAUGUGGCGUGAUGCCAUCUUCGCUGAAUAAAAAUCUUUGUUUUCCUGAGAGAACGCGUGUGGCAAAAAGUGCUAAUUGUGCCAAAAGUUUGACUCCGUUUUUCUCCUCUUAUCAUGUCAUUGAGCCUCCAGCUGGGCAAAUGUGCAUUACAUUCCAUUUGUACAGACAUAGCGCUAUUCUAUUGUAUUUAUUUAAGAACAAAACAGGGUGCUUUGACAUUAAACAAAAAAAAAAAAAAGGAAAGAAACGGACCACCAAAUAUUCCCGCCGUCACUUGUGGUAUAUUUCAUUUGUAUUUAUUUCUGCCACCGGCCCCUUUUCGGAAGAUUAGACCAAAGAAUCUGCGGCUAUGCCAGAUUGUGUUUCCCCCCUGGACUGUCCUGUGCUGUUCAAUGUUGCUUCCACUCCCAGUGUAAACAUUAAAAGGUGACUAUCUCCACCUCUGUUGCCGCUGCUUUUGACUUUCACGUCUGAACCGUUCACGUUGGUGCGAGAGACCACAGUGGGCAGAAGGUAUUGGUGAGAGGGAGGGAGGGGAAGGGCAGAAGAGUCCCCCCCACCCCACUUGGCCUCCCAGUCUCUGUUAGCGAUAUUGUGGUUUUAUUUUGUUGUUGUUUUGUUUGUUAAAUCUUAUUGCUGUUGAUUUUAAUUUUAAAUAUAUCAGGGAAGUGGGCGGGGAAGGCCACGAAAUCCUUAAACGAAAUAAAAAAAGUCCUUCAGAGAGAAUGACCUCAA